AUUCUUAAUGAAUAAUCUAUCACUUUCCCAUGGAUAUUUUGUGAUAACAAGUCAAAAAGUUCCAAAGAAAAAUGAAUUAUCAAACUCCAUCACCUCUUAUCCAACACCAUCAUAUUUUACCCUGACCUCAAAAUUCCAAAAAACCCACCAAAAACCUUUGCAAAAAUGGAGAUCUUAACAGUCUCACCCUCACUCUCUCUCUCCUCUCCUCAAAAACCCGCCAUUCUUUCUUCCUCAAAAUCCUCCUUAUUCCUCAACCAAAGCUCCACCACCGCUUUCUUCCGGAUCAACACAACGGGCCUGGGCUUGAGGGUCAGAACCCGACCUGCAACCCGAACCCGAAAAGGGUUCUGUUGCAACUCUUUGUUCGGGCUUGGUGUUCCGGAGCUUGCUGUUAUUGCUGGGGUUGCGGCUAUUGUGUUUGGCCCCAAACAGUUGCCGGAAAUUGGUCGGAGUUUUGGCAAAACUAUCAAAAGUUUUCAACAGGCAGCAAAGGAGUUCGAACAGGAACUUAAGAAUCCAGAAGACGCCGAAUCUUCUGACAAUGUGAUUGAGGCAAAAUCAGCAUCUGAAAGUUCAGAAGGAAAAGAAAAUGUAGUCUCUUCGUCUAAAGAGAGUUCGUGAGUUAAUCUAUGUAUUUUUUCUCUUCAUUUAAUCCAAAUUUUCUUUAUACAUUUUCUUGUUUUUGUGAUGGUUAGCGAGAUGAUGUGUAUAAUCGAAUACUUGUGUAAGAGAUCCGUUUAUCUCACGAGCAAGUUAGCUAAUUAGCAAUUAGAGCUAUAUCCAAAUCAAAUAUACAAUAACAAAGUUCCUAGAGAAGACGGUAUAUGGUAUAUCAUGGAUAGCAAAGCUGUGCUAAACUAGUUCUUAUAUAUGCAUGUAUCACAAUUCUGGAAGUUGUAGGUGUGGAAGAAUGAGGCCGAAGACAAGCUGUUUCAGUAAAUACUUUGUCCAUCCAAAUAUGUCUAUAGUAACAUCUUCCCAAUUUUUAUACAAGAUCUUGAAUAAGUUUGUGAACUUGAAACUUUGAAAGGCGAUAAUUUUCUGGGAAAUCCUUGAUUUUUUGGAUGGGUGGUAUUAUUGUGGUAAUGUAUUUUAUCCAAAUACUUCGUAUUUUCUAAGAGAAAAGUGAGCCGGAAAUAUUAUUAUAUUGUA